CAAAAUCCCAUCAUGUGUCAGGUCUCAGGAAUAACAUUGAAAUAACAUCUUGAAUAACCAUUUCGUGCUUCAUCAAUGGAAAAACAACUUUUCCUUCAUAUGAAUGGUGGCGAGGGUGAAAGGAGUUACGCAAAUAACUCCUCACUACAGAGAAAAAUAAUGUUGAAAGCCAAAGUCAUGCUUGAAGAAACUGUAACAAGAUUAUAUAGUCAUUCUUUUCCAAAGUGCAUGAAAGUGGCAGAUUUAGGUUGUUCUGUGGGACCAAACACUCUUCUUGUAAUGUCAAAUAUUAUCGACAUUGUUCAUGCUACAUGUAUUCGUUUGAAUCGUGAACCACCAACAUUCCAAUUAUAUCUCAAUGAUUUAUUUGGAAACGAUUUCAACACCAUCUUCAAGUCACUUCCUGAUUUCUACACCAAAUUGGUGCAAGAUAAGGGUCACAAGUCUGGUUCAUGCUUUAUCAAUGCCACUCCUGGAUCUUUCUAUGGGAGACUCUUUCCUAGAAAUUCCAUAAACCUAUUUCAUUCUGCUAAUAGUGUGCACUGGCUCUCUCAGGAUCCAUUUUUGGGAUUGAGUAAGGAGGCACUUAACAAGGGAAAUUGUCACAUAGUUAGUACAAGCCCUCCAUCAGUAUACACAACAUUCCUUAAGCAGUUCCAAAAAGACUUUGAAUUGUUUCUGAAAUCACGUUCGGAGGAACUUGUUCCUGGAGGAGCAAUGGUGUUAGUGUUACUUGUCAAAACUGAAACUCCAAGAAGAAGCAUUUGGGAAGCAAUUAGUCUAACACUUAGUGACAUGCUCUUAGAGGGGUUGAUUGAAGAAGAAAAAUUGGAGUCCUUUAAUAUACCAACAUAUGAACCAACAAUCGAGGAAAUAAGAAACGUGAUUCGAGAAGAAGGGUCAUUCUUUAUUCAAGAAUUGGAGAUUGCGAUCGUGCCUUGGGAUGAGGGAAGAAACGAAGAUGGUGAUGAUGAUUUUGUUGAUGAAAAUAUAAGAGCGGAGUUCAUAGGAAGACACACAAGAGCUGUAAUGGAACCUCUCUUAUCUGUUAACUUUGGUGCAAAAGUUAUGGAUGAAUUGUUCUUUAGGUUUCAAAAGAAAGUUGUGCAACUCAUGGAGGAGGAGAGAUUAGAGUAUGCUAAUUUGGUGAUAUCUCUUACAAAAAAUUGCUUAUAG